AUGUUCCAUCUAGCAAUCUUCACAAUUCUGCCUAUGCCAUCACUCUUGUUUGUAUUGAGAUAUCCUUGUUACCCCAAUGAUACGGAGGCAUUCUUCAAAGAACUGUCUAAAGGAAUAAAGUCACUCAGUGGAGGAGAUCAGGAGCCGCAACGCAACGAUAAGUUGUGGAGUCAACAAGCCAAUAAACAACUCAAAAAUGUUGUCACUUUCGAAGUGAAUUUCGAAACAACGCUAGAUGCAGUGAUCCCUGUAACACAGAAAAAUGCAAGCACUAUCAAAGAUGAACUUAUUAAAAAGUUCAAGGAUGAAUGCCCUGGAGACCACGAACAUCUAGACUUCUUCGCUGUAUCUCACCUCGUCUAA